AUGAGAUACAACAAGCAGGAAUUGGCUGCACUUGCAUCUCAAACCUCUCAAAACUUCGAUCGUGAAGGUAUAUUAGUCUUAAAGGAAAAACAGGAUGGAUUUUUUCGAAGAUCCGAAGGUUGCUCAUUGCGUUGGUUCCGGCUUCGUGGCAACCUAUUGUUUUAUUUAAAGGGACCCGAGCCUUGGUAUGAACCCAUGGGGGUCAUUGUUCUCGGUCACCAUAAAAUUAAGGAGCAAAAUCAGGAUGAGAAUGGCCACUGGCCAUUUAAUAUUGUUUGGGAAAAUGGAGUAUGCUACAGAAUGGCAACAUUUCAUGAAUCGGAAAGAGUAAUCUGGAUUAAAGCCAUAGAAAAUGCACCAUACAAUGUUGUACAUUCUCAGCUUAUUUCAUUAAAAGAAAGACUGAAUAGAAUCAGACCUAUAGUGGAUAUAGCAACUUACAGAAUACAAAAGGGAAUAAUAUCGGGUAUUGAUGGCUUAACUGGGGAUGCAAUGGUCAGAAUAGUGGCUUACAAUGUAAAGGAGCAAGUGACAGAGACUGCAGUGCCAAUGGGCUUCACUUCUUUACAACUUAGCACAAUACAGGAAGCUCAAAGGUUAAGGAUUGCACUGAUGACUCGUGACAACAAGACAAUCGGUUUUGUUACAAUCCACGGAUGGAGUCUAGAACCUUCAUAUAUAGGUACUAGCCCGAGCCAUUGCAACGAAAAAAUUUGCAUAGAUGUACCACAAAAGGUGAUGUGCCAUCGUCGUUCACAAUCAUUGCCACCCAGAUUGGGUCUCAAACUAAAGUUUCCGUCAUAUGGCAGUUUGCUGAAACAGAACUUUGUGAAUAGCCAUCAGGUCACUUAUCGAUUUCAUUCUGGCCUUGGUGGCGAUAUUACUGUUCACGAGAUAAUGGCCGAAGCCAAACUCUGCUAUCAAAUACCAGUGCAAUUGCUAGAGAUUUACAUACAGAGAGAGAAGGAGCUUCUAGAAGAGUUGCUUUCCGUCGGCGAAAUAAGCGGGCAGUGGCAAUCGCGGCAGCUGGACUUGGCCAGCACUCACGUUUCCUUACUGAAGCACUACUGCCAUUCGAAACGUUGCCUGCAAAUUGCCGAAAACCCAUACUUCAAGCCUAGCUGCAAGAAAGACGACGCGAGCCUCGAGUUCGCGCCGGUCAACCUUCACCUGCAGCGCAUGUGGGUGCACAAUGACACGUUGAACCGCACCGGCUUCCAUAACGUGGUGACGGCGGGCGCUUUCGCUGCGCACACGCACAAAGCGGAAAGGACCGGCGGCCUUAUUAGGUUAGUGCAACAAAUGAAAGAUAUCAACAGCACCAAAGCUGCUUUGUACUCGGCCACCGCUACCAAAAUACAAGCCGAGUACGACAACGUGGUAGCGCUGCGGCGGUUAAUCGAUGAAUCAGUCACCGAUAUGGACAGGAUCCUGGUGCUUAUACAGGCGAAGCAGACAGCGGAAAUAAUUGCAGUCAUCGAAGCUGUUAAGGGGAAGAUAAAAAGCAUACUUGCAUUGUGGGAGCCGGGCGUCGUCGAAGAGAUGCUGGCCAGCAUCGGUUGGCCCAAGAAUACCUGCACUAACGAUUCACAGAACCAGACGAUGUCGACAAUACUGCGGCUCACGGAGCAGUUGAGCAUGUUCGACGCGGCCAGUUCGGACUGCGACACAUACGACGCGUCGUCAAGCUCUAGCUCAAAGGAGACCUCGCCAACGGGCGAAGUGCCCGCCACGGCGGCCAGCGGCGGCGCCUCCCUGAAGUGUUCCUUGAGCGGUCUGCUCAAGGAGCCUUUCAUUGACAUCGCGGAGGGCGCCGAGCUGCAGUUCCACAACGACUACUUCAACAGCGAGGAGCGGCUUAAGCUGAACCAUUCGUUCCGCUCCGUCCGGUCGCCGGUCAAGGCGCGCCUGGGCGAUAUAAAGGGGCUCUCGUUCGACUCGAAGUGGCCCCGCCACGGCAGUUUGCGCUCCGACCACAAGGGCUCGCCCUCCUUCGAACAGGUCUCGUACAGAAGUCUCGUGGAGGGCCUGAGCGCGAACGACAAAAGCAAGGCUAGCAAAGUGAAGACGGAUAGAGCGACAUUGCCCAGUAUUGGCAUGUUGGAUUCGAGUGCUAGGGAGAGCAAUCUGGCGUAUUUGAAGGGUCUUGGGACAAACGUACAGACCUUAUUCACCGAAUUUGUAGAGGCCACGCUCAAGACGUUGGAUAGGGAAACAGACGUGCCCGAGGCGGAGAUGGACGGUCUGCGGGCGUUGGUCGGCGCGAUGAAGUGCGAAGCGGACACGUUGGUGCGUUGGGCGCGUGUUUCGCACGCGGCGCUGCGGGUGCGCUGCGAGGCGCCCCUCUGGACCAGGGAGCACGCCGCGCUGCAAACGCGCCGCGACACCUGUUUCUCCCAGGCGUUGUCGACGACUACGGCGGGGCUCUUGUGCUGGGUCAACUCUGUGCCUGGUGACGUGAUAGUCAAGUUGCUGAGCUCCGACCUGGGUCCGCUGUGCGGUUUCGAGGGUCUGCUCAGCCUCUACUCCACGGAGAAGGCGAUGUGGGGCGACAUGGUGGUGGCGGUGGAGGACCUUCAAACUGUACUGUUCACGCUUACCAAAGUCGGACACAGCAAUAGUGCAAUACCCCAAGUGAGCGGGACAAGGAGUUCUCUCGUAGUCAGCAUCCCUAUAUCGGACUCGCUCUAUUCGAAGUUUACUUGCAAAGAACAUUUAUCCUUCACGAUUACCGCCGUAUUCUUCAAUAUCGGUUUCAACGAGAAAGCCACCUUGGCUGAGGCACUGGGAGAGACAACGCCCCAAUACCAGUCCAACUGCGACAACCUGGACAGAUUGAAUAAGUACUACCACAAAUACAACAAGGUGUUCCCUGCCGAUCACAUGGCUGCUAGUAGAGCGUCGUCAAGGACAAAGCCAUUAGAGGAGGUGAUGGAGAACUUGCGCAUAGUUGUGCAUAAGAAAGUGCCAAGAAAUGUUGAAGUUUUACAUUUGACGUCUUUGGCGACGCGGCUGAUGAAUGGUGUGAGAUUCACUUCCUGCAAAAGCGCUAAAGACCGGACUGGGAUGGCGGUUACUCUAGAGCAGUGCUCUAUUCUGGCCUCGGAGUACCAUCUAGCUGAACACGAAAUGAAGAAAGCCCUCAAUAUUAUGAGAAGCGAGGGUUGCCGCCGCGAGAACACCUUCAAGAAUAUCGGCAUAAGAAAGUACGCGUUCACUAAGAAACAGGCGAUGGCGCUCCCGCAGCAAUAUCGCCCACCCCCCGGCACAUACGGGUCGUCUCAAACU